UUCAUUAAGCGAAAUAUGGAAAGAAUCAUUAAAUCAACCAAACGACGCUUUGAAGCGGCUUGAGGGGCGAAGGUGGUUUGCGCCAUGGCACGAAAGUUGAAAAUUCGUGGGAAACAAGGAAAAGGAAUUAUUGAAAAGAGCGGCAAGCUGGAAACCCAUUUUGAUGUUUCAGUGGGUGAGCUGGCUGGUUAGUGGUUAGCCAAUGAUCUGAAUUAUCAAAACCAGGGCUGCGAUGGCUUUCUUUGACUAUUGGCUUCCUUCUAAUUAUAUCUUACCAUGUGUGUAUCUUUCUUUAUUCUUCCCCAAAAUUCCAUUUUUUAUAUUUGCUCCCCUUUUUGAGUAUUCAUUUGCAAGGCGAACAAGGUCAAAUUUGGUAUUUGCGCAAGUCAUUUUCUAAUGGAAGUGGUCAACUUGAACAAAGUCUUCCAAUCACAUCCCUAUAAAUACCCAUUUGCCUCUCAAUGCUUCCUUCACCAAGCAACAGCGGUUUUUAGCUUUAUACAGAUCUUUCAUUUCAUUCAAAUUUUACAGUUUUUUUCGUGUUUCUUGACACAUCAACCAUGGUGCUAUCCAAGACAGCUUCUCAAUCUGAUGUCUCAGUUCACUCCACUUUUGCCUCUCGUUAUGUCCGAGACCAACUUCCUAGGUUCAGGAUGCCAGAGAACUCAAUACCAAAAGACGCUGCAUAUCAGAUCAUCAACGAUGAACUGAUGCUUGAUGGGAACCCGAGGUUGAACCUUGCCUCUUUUGUCACUACCUGGAUGGAGCCUGAAUGUAAUAAGCUUAUUAUGGAUGCCAUUAACAAGAACUAUGUCGACAUGGAUGAGUACCCUGUCACCACCGAGCUUCAGAAUCGGUGUGUGAACAUGAUAGCACAUUUGUUCAAUGCACCACUUGGGGACUCGGAGACUGCCGUUGGAGUGGGAACCGUUGGUUCAUCCGAGGCAAUCAUGUUGGCUGGCCUUGCCUUCAAGAGGAAGUGGCAAAACAAGCGUAAAGCUGAAGGCAAACCAUAUGACAAGCCCAACAUCGUAACCGGAGCCAAUGUUCAAGUGUGCUGGGAGAAAUUCGCCAGAUACUUUGAAGUGGAGUUGAAGGAAGUGAAGCUAAGGGAAGGUUACUAUGUCAUGGACCCUGCCAAAGCUGUGGAAAUGGUUGAUGAAAACACCAUCUGUGUAGCAGCCAUAUUGGGUUCAACCCUCAAUGGUGAAUUUGAAGACGUCAAGCUUUUAAACGAUCUCUUGGUAGAAAAGAACAAGGAAACUGGAUGGGAUACCCCAAUUCAUGUUGAUGCAGCUAGUGGUGGAUUCAUUGCACCAUUUUUGUACCCAGAGCUUGAGUGGGACUUUAGGCUUCCACUUGUGAAGAGCAUCAAUGUUAGUGGCCACAAAUAUGGUCUUGUUUAUGCUGGAAUUGGUUGGGUUAUCUGGAGGAACAAGGAAGACUUGCCUGAAGAACUUAUUUUCCACAUUAACUACCUUGGAGCUGAUCAACCCACUUUCACUCUCAAUUUCUCCAAAGGUUCUAGCCAAGUCAUUGCUCAGUAUUACCAGCUAAUUCGUUUGGGUUAUGAGGGAUACAGAAAUAUAAUGGAGAACUGUCAUGAAAACGCUAUGGUCCUAAAAGAAGGGUUGGAGAAAACAGGUCGCUUCAACAUUGUGUCAAAGGACGAAGGGGUUCCACUCGUGGCCUUCUCUCUCAAGGACAACAAGCGCCAUGAUGAAUUCGAGAUAUCCGAAAUGCUGCGCCGAUUUGGAUGGAUCGUGCCGGCCUACACCAUGCCGGCGGAUGCUCAACACAUCACGGUGCUGCGUGUGGUGAUCAGGGAAGACUUCUCCCGCACCUUGGCGGAGCGUCUUGUGAUUGACAUCCAAAAGGUGCUUCAUGAACUGGAUACACUCCCAGCAAAGGUAAAUGCCAAACUGGCUAUGGCUGAGGAAGAAAAUAGCAAAAAUGGCACAGUGAAGAAGACUGCCAUUGAAACCCAGAGGGAAAUCACUUCUUACUGGAAGAAAUUUGUGAGCGAGAGGAAGACUAACAAGAAUAAAAUCUGUUAGAACUUAUUGUAACACCAACUUUCCCUUUUUACUUUUAGUUUGCCACUUUGUUUCCACCAUUUAAUUUUCAAGCUUCGGCGUAUUUUCUGAGUUCAACCAUUAAUGUAAUCGAAGAAUUAUAGCCCCAUUUCCGUAAUUUAAUGAUCCAAAUUGCCAGUAAAAAUAGUUAGCACUUUUAUAAA